AACCACGGAGGAGGAGGAAACGGGAGGCCGGGCCAGAGGAAUGCUACGUGUCUUGAAAGUCCCCUUUAAAGAGCCGUCGCUUACACUUCGAGUAUUGUUGCCUAAAGUUUGGAGACAAGAGCCGUUGCGUGAGACAGGACCAUCCGCUCCUUUCAACACUAAGGCCCGUGUCUGUUCACAAGUCUGUCGGCGGAUUUUUACGAAAUGUCCGGUGUGAAAAAGCUUCGUAAGGAUCUCGUGAGAUCAACCAAUGUGGUGUACCAGGCCCACCAUGUCAGCCGGAACAAGAGAGGGAAGGUCGUGGGCACAAGGGGGGGCUUCAGAGGCUGCACUAUCUGGCUGACUGGUUUGUCUGGUGCUGGGAAGACCACCAUUAGUUUUGCUCUGGAAGAAUAUCUCGUGUCCAACGGAAUUCCGUGCUAUUCGCUGGAUGGGGACAACAUUCGCCACGGCCUGAACAAGAAUCUGGGCUUCACUGACGCCGACCGCGAAGAAAACAUCCGUCGCGUUGCUGAGGUGGCCAGACUGUUCGCAGACGCUGGGCUUGUCUGCAUCACCAGCUUUAUUUCUCCAUUUACCAAGGAUCGUGAUGAAGCCAGAAGAAUCCACGUCAACGCAGGGCUUCCCUUCUUUGAGGUUUUUAUCCACGCGCCGCUUGACGUGUGCGAGGCCAGGGAUGUGAAAGGACUCUACAAGAAGGCUCGCGCUGGAGAAAUUAAAGGUUUCACCGGAAUUGAUUCAAACUACGAGCGUCCCGAGGCACCAGAGCUGGUACUGAAAACCGGAGAGCUCUCAGUGAAUGAAUGCCUCAACCAGGUGUUGGAGCUGCUCACAGAGCAGAAUAUUGUACCGAACGAAGUCAUGGACGACGUGAAUGACCUCUUUGUUCCGGAGAAUAAGCUGGAUCUUGCCGCGGCUGAAGCAAACACGCUUCCCACCAUCAGCAUCACCAAGUUGGACUUACAGUGGGUGCAGGUCCUGUCAGAGGGCUGGGCCAGCCCGCUGAAGGGCUUCAUGAGGGAGCGAGAGUUCCUCCAGGUCCUACACUUUGGAAGCCUGCUGGACGGUGGUGCCAUCAACAUGUCUAUUCCCAUCGUGCUGCCUGUCAACAGUGAGGUCAAACAGGAACUGGACGGCUCUGCAGCCGUAGCUCUGGAAUAUCAGGGCAAACGAGUGGCUAUUCUCAGGAACCCAGAGUUUUAUGUGAACCGCAAGGAAGAACGCUGUGCCAGACAGUGGGGAACCACGUGUCCACUGCACCCUUACAUCAAGAUGGUUAUGGAAGGAGGUGAUUGGCUUGUGGGCGGAGACCUGGAGGUGCUGGAGCAAAUCAAAUGGAAUGAUGGGCUCGACCAGUAUCGCCUUACGCCACAGGAGCUCAAGCAGAAGUUCAAAGAUAUGGAAGCAGAUGCCAUAUUCGCAUUCCAGUUGCGUAACCCGGUCCACAAUGGACACGCCCUCCUGAUGCAGGACACUAAGCGCCGUCUGCUCGAGAGAGGCUACAAGAACCCGGUACUCUUGCUGCACCCGCUGGGAGGCUGGACCAAAGAUGAUGACGUGCCUCUGGAAUGGAGGAUGAAGCAGCACGCCGCUGUCCUCGAGGAGGGCGUUCUGGACCCAGCUAACACUAUUGUUGCUAUCUUCCCCUCGCCCAUGAUGUACGCCGGACCCACAGAGGUGCAAUGGCACUGUCGAGCCAGAAUGAUCGCUGGGGCCAACUUCUACAUCGUCGGCAGGGACCCCGCCGGCAUGCCUCACCCUGAGACCAAACAGGACCUGUAUGAGCCCACCCAUGGAAGCAAGGUGCUCACCAUGGCCCCUGGACUCACCUCUGUUGAGAUCAUCCCCUUCAGAGUAGCAGCCUACAACAAGACUAAGAGGGCUAUGGACUUUUAUGACAAAGAAAGAAAUGCUGAGUUCGAGUUCAUCUCUGGAACCAAGAUGAGGAACUUGGCCCGCAGUGGAGAGAAUCCUCCUGAUGGUUUCAUGGCCCCCAAGGCCUGGAAGGUGCUGGUUGAAUACUACAGCUCUCUUCAGAAGCAGAAGUAAACAGUCAUCAGACUGUCAGUCCACUUUACUGAAAUUUUAUGUGGUUAGUUUUUAAUAGGGUGUAAAAUUUCUCACUUACAGUGGUGAAGUUAGUUGCUAUAUUUAAGAGGUCGGUUCUGUCUGGGCGGGGGGGGGUUUAGUUAUGCAAUUUUUUUUUACUCUGCUUUCAAACUGUAAAUGUAAUUUAUAACCUCCCGGUAUGUUGAUAUGCUUAUUAACUUAAAAAACGGUAUUUUGAUAAAUGAAUGUUUCCUCAAGAUGUUUUAUCUGUCGACAUUGAAAAAUAAUCCCACAAAAGGGAUCAUAUUUACAUGAAGAAUCCCUGUCGGGCGAUCUUUGGUUAACACUACCUACAGUGCCUGUUGGUUUCACAUACAUAGGUAUAUUUAAUUAUCAUGCGAUGAAUGUCAUCGCGAAACACAACAAUGAAUCAUUUUAAAAAUAAGAAGAAUGUGAAAGUGCCUUUCUCUGAUGUAUCAUCAUUUCUGUGAAAAAAAAUAUUUAAAGAAAAAUACCUGAAAAUGUAUUCUGGAAAGGCCUUCUGUGUUUGUAUGUUGUUUUAAAAUGGGCAUAUGCAUUAUUGUACUGAAGACAUAUCGAAAAUUAAAAUACAUAUGGUACAGUGUAA